AUAUAGUGUAUAAUAAUAUAACCAAAAUGUUGUUUGUAAAUUGCGCAGUCGAAAAAUCUCCUAUUGAAACAUUAAUUGAUCCAGGCGCUAACGCAGAUUUAAUUACCCAAAAAUUUAUUAACGAGUUGGGUUUAGUACAUCAUGUAAAUGAAACCAAUCGCCUCAAAUUACAAACUCCUGAUGGAUCAUUUUCCGUACUAGGAAAGGUUGAACUGCAAACUAGUUUUAACGUUGAUGGGAAGCACAUAAGUACUGAUCCCGUUGAAUUCUUGGUUGUUGGACCAGAUUGGCCUGGGCCUGAUUUAGUGUUAGGAAACCCAUGGUUGCAAAAAAAUGGCGCAACGAUUGAUAUGUGUAAUAACAAACUUUCUAUACAUGAUAAUUUUGCAAUCCCAAUUUUCCAAAGCGGGUAA